AGCCACCAAACAAAGCACAUCGAUCCUCAAAAUGCAGUUGGGCAAAGCUAUCGUUCUGCUGCUGCUCACCGUCCAGCAAAGCUGCCUGGCCCUGUACAUCAAGAGCGUGGAGAAGAGUCCUGCCAAGACCGGCGCCCAAGACGACUGGGGAGUCUUCAAGAACACUCUAGGACUAAGCCAAGAGAAGGUUGAGCUCCUAAAGUCGCAAAAGGAUCAGCAGGGCACCAAGGAGCUGCUCAAUCGGUUUAUCCUGGAGAACCCCAAGGCCCUGCCCAAGGCCAAGAAGCAGCCCGACCAAUUUCUGGCCGUCUACCGAUCCAUUCUCAAGAGACUCACCGCCUCCAAGCGCAUGCUGAAAACCUCCCUGAACUUCGAGCUGGCCGACAAGCCGCGAAAGGAACUGAAGAGGCCACGCAGGAAGAUCGCCGUCAAGAUGGUCUCCGACAUGCCAUCCUGGAAAAUCGAGAGUCUGCUGAACUCGUUCUAUCUGAAGCACGGCAUCCCCAGGAACGCCGAGGAGCACGAGUACCCCGAUCUGGACAUGGCCAGGGACACCGACUACGACUCCGAUAACUUCUACGACGACGAAGGCGACGUUGGACUCACGGCCAAAACCAGGCAAAACACCGAGUAUGGAUCCUUCCAGGAUCUGAUUAUGCAGGCCAAGAUGAACGAGUGGGAGCGCGAGAGCGAGGAAACCAAGUUGCACAGCCCAGACAACGAUGACUACAUUUAGGGCCUCAAAAUGUAUCACACUAUUGGGAUGGAGGGCUGUGCAAUAGAGGUUCAUAUGCUGGCAUUGGACUUAUCUUUACCUUAAAGUAGUUAUUUAUGCCAGAAGCGCUUUAAUGUUAGGAAUAUCAAACC